CGAGGGUGCAUGGAAGACAGCGAUAUAUAACUGCCGGGCACCCGAAACAAGAAAAGAGAAAAAAACAGCACCAAAAUGACAAUGAUGCGAAAGACAUUGUUGAUGACACUGUUAUUAGUUUCCUCAGCUUUCUCAACAGCCACAUCAACGAGGAGACAUUCCAACAGCAACAUAGAUUGGUGGUGCAGCCAAACCCCGUACCCAGAGCCAUGCAAAUACUACAUGCAACAGAGCCAUUACCAUCACAGACUCAAACUCAAACACAAAUCCGAAUUCCGUGAAAUUCUCAUUCACUUGGCGCUGGAGAGAGCAGUGAUCAUGAGAAAGAAAGCACGUGACUUGGGGCACAACGGGAUCACCAGGAAGGAAAAAUCAGUGUUCCGUGAUUGUCUGAAGCUCUACGAUAACACCGUGUUCCAUCUCAACCGUACCCUCCAAGGCCUUCACGAGAAGAGAAGCUGUUCACCGUUUGAUGCGCAAACGUGGCUCAGCACAGCUCGCACAAACAUCGAAACGUGUCAGCACGGGGCACUGGAACUUGGGGUUCAAGAUUUCGUGGCUCCCACCGAGAGAUGCAAUGUAACCGAGAUUAUAAGCAAUGGGUUGUUCGUGAACUGGGCUUUCCUGAAGUACGAAGCGGUUCAUUAUACGGAAGAUGCAGAGGCUGAAUUUCCAAGCUGGUUUUCCGUGCACGAGAGGAAGCUGUUGCAGUCUUCUUCCAUAAGGGCUCAUCUGGUGGUGGCCAAAGAUGGUUCGGGGCAUUUCAAGAGUGUGCAAGCUGCUAUCAAUGCCGCUGCAAGGAGAAGGACAAAGAGCAGAUUCAUUAUUCACGUCAAGAGAGGGGUUUACAGAGAGAAUAUUGAGAUUGACAAGACCAAUGACAACAUUAUGCUGUUCGGUGAUGGCAUGAGAAACACCAUUAUUACAAGUGGAAGAAGCGUUAAUGCCGGCUACACCACCUAUAGCUCCGCAACAGCAGGAGUUGAUGGUCUUCACUUCAUUGCAAGAGACAUUACCUUCAGAAACACGGCGGGUCCGCUGAAGGGUCAAGCGGUGGCGCUCCGAUCAGCCUCUGAUCUGUCUGUGUUCUAUCGGUGUUCCAUAGAAGGGUAUCAAGACACGCUCAUGGUCCACGCCCAGCGACAAUUCUACAGAGGAUGUUACAUCUACGGCACAGUUGACUUCAUAUUCGGAAAUGCCGCUGUUGUUUUUCAGAACUGUGUCAUUCUUGUAAGAAGGCCCUUAAAUGGACAGGCAAACAUGAUCACAGCCCAAGGCCGAGACGACCCGUUUCAGAACACUGGGUUUUCGAUCCAUAACUCUCAGAUCAGGGCUGCCCCAGAUCUCAGGCCCGUUAUUGGCAGGUUCAACACCUUCUUGGGCCGCCCAUGGCAACGUUACUCCAGAGUUGUGGUGAUGAAAUCAUUCUUGGACAGCAUGGUGAACCCAAUGGGCUGGUCUCCAUGGGAUGAUUCUAAUUUCGCUUUGAAUACUCUGUAUUAUGGAGAGUACAUGAACUUUGGGCCCGGUUCAUCCACCAGAAACAGGGUACGAUGGCCCGGUUUUCACAGCAUAACUAGCCCAACUGAGGCAUCGCGGUUCACAGUUGCUAACCUUCUCGCUGGGCGCACAUGGUUGCCUGCCACUGGUGUGCCAUUCACUUCUGGCCUUUGAUCUUCUUCAUCAUACUCCAUUGGUUGGAAUUAAGUUAUGUUGUAGUUUGUGUCUACAAACAACACAAUAUUCUUUUGUACAUUCCAAAGACAAAAAACAAUAAAUUAUAAAUAAAUAAUACACGCAUG